AUGUCUACCAGCGCAUCUGCCUUAAUUGUCCCUUCUACGGGCGUCUACAGCCAGCCAGCAAAAUCCCCGAAUGGCGACCCCCAUGGACCAUCCGCAUCCAGUCUUCCUCUCCCGGAACUAUCUUCACUCCCUUCAAACUGGCAUCUGAGCCGCCAGGAGCAAGAUAGAAUCCUGAAGGAAGUUGUAAUCCCAGCCGAGCUUCCCUCUUCUAACUUUCCUCUCGAGAGAGGGGAUGCCGCCUCAAAGGUAGCUUUCUUUCUGUUGGGCCAGACGGGGGCAGGGAAGACCAGGCUUUCGAAGAGGAUAUUGAAAGCGCUGGAGAGACAUGCUGGGAUCAGAGCCCUCGAAGAGGCUUCCUAUCUUGCCGACGGCAAUGGUGUGAAAAGGGGGACAGCAUCCGAGUCAGAAGCCAAUGACGAUCAACCCCAACUCCAACCUGGAGACCAGCCUGCGUCAAAAGAGAAAGUCCUACAUCUAGUCGCCGACGGGUUCAAACACCACCAUCCUAAUUAUUCACACUGCUUACAACAAUACGGUUCCCGUCUGGCAGCUCAAUUAGCCACGCGGGCAGCGGCAGAGUGGUUAUACGGCGUAUGCGCUGAGGCCGCUAGACGCGGGGUUGGAAGGGUUGUUGUAGAGGCGGCUUGUAGACAUCAUGGUUCUUCAAAGCCCAGGACGGAGGUGAAGGGAGAGGGGGAGGGGAAUGGGGCAGGAUACGCUGAGGCAAAAAGAGAUGAGGAAGAGCCUGACCCUGCCACUGUUCCAGCGUUGUUGAAGUUGUUUCACAAGGCCGGAUAUGAGCUGAAGAUCAUGGUUCUGGCCGUUCCAGCGCCGCUGAGCAGACUGGGUACAAUGGUGCGGUAUUACAAGAGAUUAGAAGAAGGAUACGGCGGCGGAGGUGACUAUUUGGUGGGAAGUCGGCAUUAUGGGGACACGGCCAGGGGAGAGGUUCAGGGCCAGGGUCAGAUCCAGGAGGGAGUCUUCGAACAAGUGGCAAGAGGAGUGGGGGGAACGCUGAGGCUUACGCCCAAACCAGUCCACGACGCUUCGUACCUGGGGGUUAGGAAGGCGGUGGAGUGGAUAGGGGAUGUGCUGCUGAACGGGUCGGGGUCCGAUGAGACAGACGGGACGAGAGAACAUCUACCGGAAGGGGGGAAGUCCAAAGACGAGAAGAACCUGACAGCAGAUAGCUCGUGGGGAAAUGUCCAGGAGGGCAAUGAUGGCUUCAGAGAAAGGACCAACGAGGGGGCAGGCAACAGUGCUCCUUCCAAUGCCCACACUGGACCUGAAAGAAAGACGAAUAACCACCACCCUCAGGGGCAUCGAACCCCCAAGGCAAAGGUCCGACUGCUGAUCCUCCGUCGUAAAGGGGAAGUAGUUUACGACUCUUCCUUAAAGCCCUCAGCACAGCACACCACCAGGCAAACACUUCUCCAGGGACAGUCCGUCAGCAACAGCAUCUCCAGCACGACGGUAACCUUUAGCCCAAACUCGAAUCAAGGUUGGAGCCCCGUCGAAGCUCUCAAUCGAGCACGAGGCAUCUUGACACCUCAAGAGAGACACCUCGCUCUGGAAGAUAUAUCCUUUCUUUGCGCGAUGGCGCACGCAAACCCAUCUACGAAGAUCAACCUGGUUGAAUUAGAUGAGAUCAAGAGGGAACUAUGUCAAUUGGGGACAUACAACCCCGAAGAGGGCUCUCAUUCGGGGCUUCGAGGAGCUGAGAGGGUGAUAGAUCUCGAGGGGGCUGUUUCUAGUGUUGGGCUGUGA